AUGGAUUCGAAAAGAAAGAACGAAGAACUUAGCACACCAGAGAUUUCAGAUCCCUCUCUCUCAAACACGAAGAAAAAGCAAAAGAUUGAUAUACAAGAAGCUAUGAAGAACCAAAACGACGUUUCUUUAUUCCUUGCGGGGAAAGUAAUCUCUGCCCUAGCCAAAAACUCUAACUUCGUCUUCUCUCCGGUAUCUAUUUACGCCGUUCUCACCAUGUCCGCAGCCACCACCGACGACGACGAAAGAUUAAUAUCCUUCAUCCUCUCCUUUCUUAGGUCUUCUUCUAUUGAUGAGCUCAAUGCCAUCUACCGCGAAAUCGCUUCUGUCGUCUUAGUAGAUGGUAGUGAAAAAGGCGGGCCUAAAAUCGCGGCGGUUAAUGGAGUUUGGAUGGAGAAAUCACUUUCUUGUAAGCCCGACCGGGAAGAUCUCUUUCAGAACUUCUUCAAGGCUAGUUUUGCUAAAGUUGAUUUCCGAAACAAGGCUGAAGAAGUACGUAAGGAGGUAAAUACGUGGGCUUCACGUCACACCAAUGAUCUCAUCAAAGACCUUCUUCCUCCUGAUUCCAUUACAAACCUAACUAAUUGGAUUUAUGGAAACGCAUUGUACUUUAAGGGAGCUUGGGAAAAUGAAUUUGAUAAGACGUCGACACAAGACAGACCAUUUCACCUUCUCAAUGGCAAAAAAGUCUAUGUACCUUUUAUGAAUGGUUGGAAGGACCAAUUCAUAAAGGCUUAUGAUGGCUUCAAGGUCCUCAGGCUUCUUUACCGAAAAGGCGGUGAUGAUAAUAUCAACCGCGAGUUUUCAAUGUAUCUUUAUCUCCCUGACAAGAAAGGUGAAUUAGAUAAUCUUUUGGAGAGAAUGACAUCAACUCCUGGAUUCUUGGAGAGUCAUAUCCCUAAAUACCGAGUUGAUGUUGGUGAUUUUAGAAUCCCAAAGUUUAAGAUCGAAUCCGGGUUUGAAGCUUCAAGUGUUUUUGGUCAGUUUGAGCAUGAUGUGUCAUUAUACCAUAAAGCUUUGGUUGAGAUUGAUGAAGAAGGUACUGAAGCUGCGGCUGCUUCUGCUUUUGUUGUGGUUACUACCACCAGCAGGUAUUGGCAGCCUGAGAAGAUAGAUUUUGUGGCGGAUCAUCCGUUUAUCUUUUUGAUUAGAGAAGACAAAACUGGAACUGUUUUGUUUGCUGGUCAAAUCUUUGAUCCUUCCGAAUCUUCUUCUGGAGCAUCGGACAUGCCUAAAUCGGAUAAGGGUUCGAUAUUUUAG